UUGGCACUUGCCUUUUCGAUCGAGCAUGGCCAGGCGCGUCGUCGCAACCGCUGCGUUUCUCCGCCGCAUCACGGCGUACCAAGACGGUUACGACCACGACACGCAGCGCCUCGUCGCGCAGCUGCGCGAGGGCGGUGCGUUCCGCCGAGCGCCAUUCCCGUACCGUCCGCAUCUCGCGGCAACGGCGCUACACUUUGCUACCCAGUGGAAGGGCUUUGCAUGCGACGGUGACGCGGCCAUCGCCUUCUCGCGCCUUUUUACGUGGAUCCCGUGCCUCCAACGUGCACAGGCCGUCACAAGCGUCCACCGACUGCUUCUGCAUGACGAUGUUGCUGGUGCGCUUUUGGUAUAUGCGAGCUACGUCCAAGACCCAACGCUGCUCGCAACGGUGCUCGAUCGAAGCCCAGAAGUGCCGAAGCACUAUAUUCUGCGCGCGCUCGAGGUGGCAGCGUACAACAACAACUGCGUUCUCACCAAGGCGCUGCUUGAAACGACGUAUGAGUCCGAUCGCAUCGCUGCGAUGCAUGUGGCCGCGUGCCGAGGUAAUAUCGACGUGAUGACAUUGCUAGAAGACUAUGGAACGACGGUACGUCCGUCCGUGCUUGACACGGCCAUUGCGUCCGGGCAGCUCCACGUCCUCCAGCACGUGACGAGGAACAUGCCGCUUGCGUGCGACGAGCGCGCGCUCGCGGACGCGGCGGCUGCCGGCUUCCACGACGUGCUUGACUUUGUGCACGCAGCUUGGCAUCCUCAGUGUGAUUCCGACCAAAGUAGUGAGGUCGCGUCUCGAUCGUUUCCCAUCGAUGGCGUCCUCGAAGCAGCGGUUCGCGCCGGGCAGACGGGUGCGGUUUAUUCUCUCUUGGGCCUUUGCCGCCUCGCCGACCGCGAAAAGGUCAUCGAGCACGCGGUGCGACAUGGGCGCGUGAAGCUGCUGGAGUCCCUUGGCGAGGCUCCGUUGUCGCAUUGGCCGCGCGAUAACGCAAUCCUGCUUUGUGCAAUCGAUGCGGGCCAGGACGAGCUCAGCAUCGUGCUUUUGCCGUACCGAUCGCAGCCGCUUUUGCACCGUGCCGCCUGUCGUGGGCGUCUGCAGGUUGUGGCGUGGCUCCUCGUUAACACGGACGAAGCAUGCGAGCGCGACACACUGGAUAUGGUCGCAACCCACGGCUCGGUGGAGAUGCUGCAGCUUUUGCUACAGCACCGCAAUGGCAUCAUGACGGCUCGCGCAAUGGACGGCGCGGCGGCCAACGGCAAUUUGGCGACCGUGGUUUAUCUGCACGAAAACCGCAUGGAGGGCUGCACGACGGCGGCCAUGGACACGGCCGCGCGACAUAACCACUUGGACGUGGUUCGAUUCCUCCAUGUUCACCGGCGCGAAGGCUGCACGACCGCGGCGAUUGACGGUGCCGCGCGCAUGGGCCACUUUGAGAUGGUCAAGUUCCUCGCGACCUUUCGGCGAGAAGGGUAUACCGCACGGGCUCUGGACGAAGGAACGCCUGAAAUCGAAGCGUACCUCCGCGGCUUGAAACGACCCCACUUGUAGGUAUCGCUGAAAUAAUUGCGCAGUGUAUUACUAUUAGAGUUACCGCUUGCGGUUCCGCAAA